AUGUUCCCUGUAGACUCCUCAUCCUUGAAACAAGGGGACUGGCCCGCGUCGAAUUCGAUACCAAGGACCGAACGCCCACCAAUGUCAGUCCAGUUCAUUGACGACGACCUCCAGGACCUGCACAAUGCUCUCAAGCACCCUCUGUCCACGUAUGACUCCCAUUCCAGACGAUAUGUAGCGGUAUCAUCGAGAUCCGGCCUCGCGAGUGGGGAGGAAUUGGCACCUCACUUAACAGAUACAAUCACGGAGGGCGAAAGCAGUUUCGAGCAGAGUCAAGCACUUGUGCCGGCCACAACACCCAUGACCUUCUGGGACAGCAUUUUCCAAGGAUCCCUCGAUCGAUUCAGGGCUCUGUGGCCGAAUGAGCCGCAAGGACGUGAGAAGUCGGGAUUCAACUACAGUAUCCGCCAAAAGUUGACGUGGGAGGACAUUUACGGCCAGCUCCAGAAAGCCAGAGAAUUCUACGACGGGGAUACAAAAGGUCUUUGGGGUCGUCAUGCAAAAUCCUACACUAAGAAAAGACGGUCAUUUAUCGACCACACGGCCCCCGUGGCGAGGCAAGCUGUGAGAUUUGUACCCCAGAUGGAUUACACGACUCCUGUUGUAGCAGCUGUCCAAGUCAUCGUUGAUGUAAACACACUUGAUCUCUAUCUGUACCUGAUGAUGAUUUUGCAGUCGCAGCUGACUUGGGUUUUCAAGGCAUUCGAAACGACCUCGCGCGUACGAGGAACCAUGACCACGGGCCUCGACCAACAAGACCUCGAACGGAAAUUCAGUAGCAUUGAACUGUUCCUCGCAACUUUUCCCAGAGACAUGGCCAUCCGAGAGGCAUCCAUAGAGCUGAUUGCUGCGACACUCAACGCGAUCGAAAACGUGAUUGGAUUUUUCUUAGAGAGCAAUGCCAGAAAGGCCCUGUCUGCGACGUUCCGCGGGAAAGAUUAUCAAAAGAAAGCUCUCGAAAGUAUUGAACAGAUUAGUAUCCGCAGCGACCAGCUUCUUGAGGCCGCGCAGAAGUCACACAUUUCGGAGACUAAGCACAAGCUCGAUACUGUUCUAAAAGGCACCGCCCUCUCGUUCUUGGGUCAGAGAGAAAUGUCGGAGAAGGUCAGCUCCGUUUUACAAAAGCUUGAUCAAAGAGAAAUUAGCGAUGCAUAUCUUCGGAAUACGCUCAUGGACUUUCUGGAUGAAGCACAGGAGCAGAAGCGGAGGGAACUGGAAGAAAAGCAGAGGGAAUUGGAGGAGAAGCGAAGGCUCAAUGACCACAUCAUGCAUCUGACAGAACAGAUUGAAAAGCUCAGGGAAACUACGAUAUCUACUCCCAAUUCGACUUCAUCAUCCCAAAAUCCUCUAAUGCUCCCACCGACGAUGCCAUUUCCGCUCCUGAAUUUCUCUGCGUUAAGCCCACCGAACUCCUCGGUCUACGGGCCCCAGAGCAUUGGCUUCCCGUCAAACUCCCCCUGGGAUUCCUCACCCCAGUACUUGGAAGCACGACAGCCGUCACCAUCUUCAGCACACUCGCGACCAACCUCCCCUGCACAAUUCAGUAUCUCUGCGCUGAGGUCACUUCUCACUCGCUUCGAGUCGAUAGAAGAAGUCGAUCUCAACGCUAUUCUCGAAAACGAAGAGCAGUCAAUCCCGUUCAGGGAGAAACGCAAAGCCGACCUCAUCGUCUCCACGAAGCAAUUUCACGACUGGAUGGUGACCAACAGAUCCAGCGAGCUGCUCGUGCAUGGGGAAUUCCGCCGGUCUCGAUCAGCCUCCGAGCCUGUCUCAGCACUUUCGGUGUUCUGCGCCACCCUCACGCAGACCUUCCGGAAAGCAGAUGGCAUAUCGCAUUACGAGACAGACGAAUUUGAGGAAGGCUUGCUGAUAAUUCUUGAGUCCCUUUUGAGCCUCGCCAGAAAGGGCGACACAGCCGCAACUGUUAAAGUUCUGGCCGGCAGCCCUACCACGACUGACCUGGUGCAAACUCGAUUCAAGGACGACGACUCAUCUUUCAUCUCGUUAGCCGAGAUUCGUGAUCUGGGGCAGGGGCUUGGGUCAAUGCAGUUGGAGAUGUCGUCUGAUGAUGAGGUCUCUCGCAAUUCAGAGGAGUGGGAUGAUACCGAUAGCGAGUAG